CGAGUCCACUUAAAUCCCGCUCAGCACUGUUGUCACCACCGAAUUUGCGGACGAUAUGGGAAAUGCAAUCGUAUCCAUCUUGCAAUACAGCAGCGAUAAAGCCUUCUACUUCUCGUCUCGUUUCCACACUUCUAUUGCUGGCGCUGGUACAACAGAUCGUGACGUGACACGUUUAACAGUCAGUCGUAGUGAGAUUGACCUCGGUCAUAUCAAGAAUGCAUAUCAAAUAGUAUGCGGAGAAUCACUUAGUAGCGCAGUUUCGCGUGAUACUUCUGGAUCUUACCGCACUGCGUUGCUCGCAUUGAUUGAAUAAAAAAUUUAUACUGGCGGCCAGGACUUUAGUUUCUUCUUUAUUUAACAUCCACG